AUGGAGCAGAGUGCAGACGCCUCUGGCGAUCCUGCGCAGCCCUCGGCCGCAGGUUCAGCCGUCAAACGGCAAGGUCCUCCCGAGCCGGCGCUCUUGGAGCCGAACCAGCGGGAGAAUGCAGAGGAGUGGUUACAGCGGACAUUGGUGUACCAACCUCCGGUGCUGGAGACCGUGGAGCUCUCUCCCGGAGUUGCCAUCGUGGACUUGAACACUGGUAAGCAGAAGGUGGCCGAGGCUGAAGCAACCCGGCCCAUGUCCCGGCAAGAAUACCUCGAUCUCACACAGUCUCACAUCCGGCCGAAGCCCGUAGCGAAGGCCUCGGUGCGUCACGUGGAUGCGCGGGUCGUGGAGAUUCAGCGCCUUUUCCAAGCGAUGUCCUCGCCGCAUCCCUCGCAUGCAGUGUCCUCGCGGUCCUCGCCGCGAUCCUCGCCGCGUCGCCUAGGAGUGCCCUGCCGGCCGCUCUCCCCGAAGGGCGAGGAGGGGGAGCCCUGCGCUGCUCAAAGCCCACGGACGGUGCCCGGCCCCAAGGACCGGGUCCUGGGUGGUACCAUCGUGGCAAACCGGGAGUUGCUGAAGCAGUUCUUUGGAG